AGGGGAUAUCGGUUUCAUCCCCGUCCCAUUAGCCCAUAAGUUUGAGAACGAUACAUAUCUGUGUGGCAUUAUGCUUGCCAUAUUCCUAGAUACGAUCUACAUGUUAAAGAGAAACGCUCGGAUAUACUAUAUACACUAUAUAUAUACAUGUUAUAAGGUCAGAAGACUUACUGCAACGAAACAUAUCAUUGAAGUUACUGCUGCAAGCCUAUGGAUAUAAGUAUAGAGGCUUUUAUUGUUAGAGAUCGUUAUCUUGAGGAGAUCGGCUUGGAAGUAAUGGAUAUCAUGGAUUGGCUGAUUAGGGGCAGCGGUCCCCAGUCUGAUUGUAAAAAGAUUGUUAGUUAUACAGCGAUGGCGAACGAAAGAGUGCAAUUUACAUAUCUAUAUAUAAAUAUAUAUAUAUUUCUGUAUAUGAACGUAUGUGUAAAAUAAAGUUUAUUGUUUUAAUGUGUUUGAACCUGCAAGUGCAAAGACUAUAUUAUAUUUAGAAAUUCUUAUGAAGUGUCAGUCCCUGAGAAUUAAGAUCGCACUAGCCGAGCAUGAUACUUCCUUGUGAAUCAGUCAACUUUCGGCCUUUGUCACAUUUGUUUUGCUGAUUUUUGGCUCGGUCUUUCAACACCUUGGUGGCAGUGUCAGAUCUUUGACUGGAUUGUUGUUUGGGGCUGUGGACGAGCACCACCAGAAUGGUCGACGAUAAGCUACCACCAAGCAAGGAACCUGCUGAACGCCCUCCAGACCAGGCCACCCCCGGAAACGCGGCUACCCGAUUUGGCUUGGAGGAUCACGAGGCCACUCAGCAGGAUGCCCGGGUGAACACACUGCGGCAAGCAGAAGAGCGACGUGGUUCCAUGGUGCCUCCCGACAAGCGGGCGAUGUCCAUGAAGAUAUCGCAAGCGCGCUUACACACCAUAAAUGAUCCGAAUCGGACUGGCACACAUUCUGCUGAAGCGACGACACCACCGGCCAAGCCUGUGGUCAACAUUUCGUCGCGGAGUUCUUUGAUGAAAGGUGUGGCGCCAGAUCUUCCACCCAAGCCGCAGCGACCCUCCGAAAGCGAGGUCGAUCUUGAAUCCUCCGAUGUUGAUAGACCAUCGGCAAAAAGGAAAUCGGAGAAAGCACUAUCUGAUAUUUCAACUUCGUCAUCGGAGGAAUCAGAUAAACGCGUCCGACCUGCUCCUCCUCCCCCACAACCAGAGCCUCAGCAGAAAUCAAUUGAUUUUGCAGCAUCGGAAGCUGAGCCCAUUCCCCCGCCGGCGCCUAGACCGGAGGAUGUACCAUUGCCCCCACCCAUGAUGUCGUCCGUGCCGACGGAUGGAAGCCAAGACGAUGGCCAGAGCAUAAAUAGCAAGUUGACCAACACCGACAUCAGUUUUCACCCAUCCAAGGUAUUCGCCUCGAAGGGAACCAACACUUCGGGCAUGCUCUACUCCGACGAGGAAAAUGUGCCGGAGGAAGAGGAAUUCCCAAAACUUCCGGAUCAGUUCUCCGCCAGCGAUCUGGACACUUUGUUCCUGCUGGCCUGUCGGGAGGUGAAGAAGGCUGGCGCUAUCGCUCUUGCGGAAAACAAAAAGAACCAGGAGUACACCACCAAGAAGCACACGAAUGACAUCGUCACUCCCACCGACAACAUUGUCGAGGAGUCCUUCAUUAAGGCCAUCAGCUCACGGUAUCCCAAUCACCAAUUUAUUGCCGAAGAGAGAAUUUCAAAGUCGGAGACUGGUAUGGUGACCCUGACCGAUGACCCCACCUGGAUAAUCGAUCCCAUCGAUGGCACCAUGAACUUUGUCCACCACUUUCCGUACUACUGCAUCUCCGUGGCCUAUUUGGUAAAUCAGGAGACCCAGUUUGGUAUUAUCUAUAAUCCGCCCAUGAAGAAUAUGUACACGGCCCAACUGGGCAAGGGUGCUCAAAUGAACGGCGAGAUGAUAAGGACCACUGGCCAAACCAACCUCUCCGCGGCCAUGGUUCUGCAGGAGUACAGCUCGGGCGGCAAUGAGGCGCGUAACCAGGUGGCCACUGAGAACUCCCAGCGUCUGGUAAAGAGAACACAUGCGAUGCGCUCUAUUGGAUCCUCCGCCAUGUGCUUGGCAAUGGUCGCCUCCGGAGUGGCGGAUGCCUUCUACAACUUUGGGCUGCACGUUUGGGAUAUGGCAGCAGGCGCUUUGAUAGUCACGGAGGCCGGAGGAGUGGUAAUGGAUCCGGCCGGAGAGGAGUUGGACAUUAUGUCCCGUCGCUGCCUCGCUGCCUCUACUGACUACCUUGCCCUCGAAUUGGGUAACUGCCUGCAGCAGAAUUAUCCAUCUCCACGUGACGACGAGCCGCGUUCCGUUAACCCCAAUGAGUACGGACCUGCUCCGGAGACCAGGGACUUUACCAGCCAGACGGACUUCCCCGAUUCGGAUACCCCAGAAACCACUGACACCGAAAUAGGCAGAGAAAAAAAAGCGACGCCUGCUAACUAAUUAACCACCAGAAAGGCCAGCUUAAAUUGCAUUUUAAAAUUUUAGUUGUUUAAUAAACUGACAAUGCAUGGUUUUUCCAUGUUUUUAAGUAAA